AGGUACUGGUUGCUCCAGGAAAUGCAGGAACGGUAAAUGAUGGGAAGAUCUCUAACUCAGGUAAAAGUAUUAUUACCUUAAGACUGUUCUGCAAACCUUGGACUGAGAUCCACUAGUGUGUCUCAACCCACUUUCAGAUGUAAUUGCUUGCCCUGUCCUUCUGAAUCUGAGCUGCUUGUGCCACAGUUUCACUGCAGCCUUUUAGCUGGAAGGACAACAGCAGAUCCCCUUGCAUGCAGUGUCUUAGAGGAAGCUGGCUAGGGAGAAGUCUGUAGUGACAUGAAAAGGUAGAGGGAUAAGAAAGAAGAGAAGGUAAGAGAGGAAACAGACAACAAAUAGAGGCAACUACUGGUAAGUAUCAGAAGAGGAUGAAAAGUUUAAAAUUUUCACAUUGUAAACCACCCUGAAGAGAUGUGAACUCAAAGGCCUGAAUAGAAAUAUUUCAAUGAAAUAAGAGAAAGAACCAGAGGCAGGUGUACUUUCUGAUCUUAGCUGACUGCUACAAAGCUCAUCCUGGCACAGAUUUAGCAAAUGAUACACUAGUCUAGGGACUUCAGCCCAGAAUAGGUAAAUAGGUAAUGGAGAAAUACACAGCAACACUAAACAAAUUCUGGACUUUAGAACUGGGUGCCCUGUAUCCAGGGCAUUUGUAGAUGUAGUUUCAAAGCAUCUGUCAAUAAUAUUUGAGAAUUCCUAAGGAUAAGGAGAGUUCCUAGCACACUAGAGGAAAGUAAAAAAAAAGUGAGGAAAAGAAGGAAACGAGCAACUUCUAACCAGAUCUAAAAAUUGGGAAGAGCUUUUUGAAGAAGGUAAACAAUGUGUCUCUAUAGAAAGGAAUUCUGUGAUUUUUCAAAAGCAUCCUAGAUGAAUACACACACACACACACACACAAGCUGCAUUUUUCACCCUCGGCUUAUACUCGAGUCAAUAAGUUAUCCCAGUUUUUUUGUGGUAAAAUUAGGUGUUUCGGCUUAUAUUUGGAUCGGCUUAUACUCAAGUUUAUGGUAAAUGGGAAAGAAAGGAUAGUGAAAGAGCAGGUUUCAAAUAUAUGUGAUUUCACAGUGGUUGUGGGUAUGCAAUAUUUUUGUUUGAAACAUUGUCCGUGCAGAUAUAGAGAUUGUCUGGUUUGCUGACUCUGGAACAUGCAACAUAUUACUGUCCAUGUGAGAAGCAAUCUGCAUCGAGAUAUAAACUGCAAAACUCGAAAUAUUGGCCCUGAGUGUAAAUAUAGAUAGAUAAAUGGAUGGAUGGAUGGAUGGAUGGAUAUAGAUCUUUUUCUCUCUCUGCCCUCCCGUUGUGGAGAAUGACAGAGUGUGUGUUUUCCCUUCUUUUCCCUUCCUCUGGCCUUCCUCCCUCGUGGGGGCAUGGCUUCCUUGGAGGGAUCCUCCUUUCUGAGGUGGUGGUGAGGCCUUGCUAUGUGUCUUUUGCAAAUGUAUCUGUCUUAGGUGUGUUGUCUGUAUAGUGUGGAUACCUUAAAACACUCACCAGUUCAUAUGCUGUGUUGUGUCAAAAUUUCGUAGCAAUUGUAGUAGUUUGGGAGAUAUGAUGACUGUCACAAGUAGACAUUUACAUAUAUCUAUCGUUACAUGCUUGGUGGAUUAGCGGAAUGCUAUGGGUGUAGCAUAAAGCUUUUGGCAAGUUCCCCAUAACAUUCCUGCAAACAAGCAGGUACAAUGUGGGCUAGAAAAUGGCAUUGUUUGGUUGACCAAACCCAAAGAGUGCUCACCAAUGGUUUCUCUCCGCCCUGGAGAGAUGCUAAUAGUUAGGUACCACAUGGUUCUGUCCUGGACUAGGUUUUGUUCAACAUCUUUAUACAUGUCACCAAAUUAGGAGGGAUAGCUAAUACACAUGUGGAUGCAGGCAGUAUUCAAAUUAUUUUAACAGAUUAAAGAUCUGCGUCAAAACUAAAAAAAAAAAAAUUCAAGCAGGGAUAAAGUCACUGCAUCUGGAUUAUUGUGUCCAGUUCUAGAAAUCAGCAUUCAAGAAUGAUAUAGGCAAAUUAAAAUGUGUCUAAAGGAGGGUGACCUGAAAGGAUAUUGACAAGCUGAAACAUAUCCAAAGGAUGGUAUCCUGGAUGGUAAAAGUUCUGGAGACAAAGCCUGAUGCGGAAUAGCAUAGGGAGUUGGAUAUGUUUAACUGGAAGAAGAUUCUUACAAGAUGUGAAAUGUUUCAGAUUCACAUGGUUGUUAAUCAUUUCUCUUUAUCAUUCAUUUUAGCUGUUUUAAUUAGCAACCAUACUAUUCUUGCCCAGUUCUGCAAAGAUCAUAACAUUGGAUUUGUGAUUGCUGGACCAGAAGUGAUGCUUACAGCUGGUAAGGUUACAAUGACUAAAAAAGAAAAGAAAAAUAUGAUUUUAGAUGCAAAACCAAAAUUCAGUUUUAGGUACCAAAGAAUCUAUUUAUGCAACACUGGAUGAGGAAUCCAAUUUUAGAACAUAGCACCGAAUGGAGUGUAAAGCAAAUCAUAAUUAAUAGUAAAUAUUUUAUCCUAACUAAAAUAGACCUAUUCACUUCAGUCCAUUCCAUUUAUAUAAAUGUUAUCAAUUUCAUUCUGAGCUUGGUUCCUAGGUGUUAAUUUUCUAAUUUAAUUAUAAUGUGGCAAUAGUUUUAAGACAGUUGAGGGUGGUUAUGCCCCUUAAGUCUUCCUUCAAAUUGAUGGCUUGCCUUUUGAUAAUUUCAAUUUAUUUUUUCCAAUUCCGUGAUCUCUUUAUUGAUAUGAGAGAAAAUUAAUAUUUGAAUGAACAAUAACAUUGUCUAAGAAGUUAGGUUUGACUUUUUCAGUGUUUCAUUAUUAGGAAUUGUUGAUGACUUGAUAGCGGCUGGAGUUAGUUGUUUUGGCCCUACAGCCAGGGCAGCACAACUGGGAACAAACAGGCAUUUUAGUAAAGUCUUUCUUGAGCAACAUGACAUUCCCACGGCAAGAUGGAAGGCAUUCUCCAGUUCCCGUGAAGCUUGCACCUUUAUUAACAGGGCAACAUUUUUGGAGACUAUCGAGAAAUGGUUAUUGUUGAAGAACUUCUUAAAGGCGAAGAAUUUUCUUGUCUCUGCUUUGUGGAUGGAAAUACUUUUACUUCCAUGCCACCAGUCCAAGUCCAGAAGCAACUACUGGAUGGAGAACAAGGUCCAAGCACUGUUGGAAUGGGAGCUUAUGGGCCUGUACCUCAGGUUUCUGAAGCUCUUCUAGAAAAAAUUAAAAGCACACUUCUUCAACACAUUAUUGACUGCAUGAAGCAAGAAGACAUGUCAUAUGUAGGUGUGCUGCAAAUAGAAUUAAUACUUACAAAAGAUGGUGUGAAAGUCUUAAGCAUGGACUGUAACUUUGGUGACCUUCAGUGCCAGGUAGUUCUUCGACUUCUUUGCCAUGAUCUAUGUGAAGUCAUCCAAGCAGCUAUCGAUGGCAGGCUCUGUGAUGUGACAUUAUCUUGGUCUGAUAAUUUAACUGCUGUGGCCAUUGCCAUGGCAUGGGAAGGCUGUCCUGCACAAAGUGCAGAGAUCACUGGACUUCUUCAGGCCAAGGAACUGGGACUUGAGAUCUUUCAUGGAGCGACCAUAAAAAAGAAUGAUAAAGUGUUGACUAAUGGAAGUCGAGUCUUGGCAGUAACUGCUAUCCAACAGGGACUCAUGUCAGCACUUGAAGAAGCCUACAAAGGACUAGAAGUAAUUUAUUUCCAAAAUGCAACAUACAGAAAGGAUGUGGGCACUCUGGCUUUGAAAUUCCUUGGGCAGUCUGUGAGGCCAUUAUAUGAAGACAUAGUUUGCAGUAUCUUGAGCCACCCACCUAAGCUUCCAGCUUUAACUGGUUCCAAGCCAGGCAGUCAUGAGGAGCAGCAAGGCACACCUGCCUUCUACGAUUUGAGAGCAUCUGGUUAUACUGAUCCCAUUAUAAUAUCCCAAAUUAAAGGCAUUGGAACAAAACAGAAGAUUGCCCAACUCUGCAAUAAACAUGACACAAUUGGUCAGGAUUUGGUUGCCAUGUGUGUUAACGAAAUCCUAGCUCAGGGAGCAGAGCCCCUCUUCUUUCUCCAUCAUUUUGCCUUUGGAAAACUGGAUGUUGGAGUCGCUCAGGUGAUCACUGAUGGCAUCGCAGAAGCUUGUGAUCAGGCAGGCUGUCUCCUACUUGCAAGAGAGGCUAAUGAAAUGUCUGGCACCUGGGCGUCUGGCGAAUACCACCUUGUUGGCUUUGCAGUAGGUGCUGUGGAACGAGGAAGGCACCUUCCCCAGCAGGAAAAGGUUACCAGUGGGGAUGUUCUCAUUGGGAUCUCCUCUUCUGGUCUUCACAGCCAAGGAUUUAGUCUAGUGAGGAAAAUUAUUUCAACAUCAUUGCCACACUAUUUAUCCUCAGUUCCUGUUGGGUGUAACAGUUCCUGUACUUUAGGAGAGCAGUUGCUAACCCCAUCCAAAAUCUAUAGCAAACCCCUGCUGCCUCUCUUCCGUUCAGGAAAUGUAAAGGUGUGCCUCCAUAUUGCUGAAAGGGGGUUGAUGGGGAGCUUUUCCAAUAUUCUUCCAGAAAAAAAUAGUGUAGUUUUGGAUGCUCAUUGUUGGAAGAUGCCUUCAAUCUUUUCUUGGCUCCAAGAAGAGGGAAAUCUUUCAGAAGAAGAGAUGAUGAAAACAUUCAACUGUGGUAUUGGUGCUGUAUUGGUGGUUCAGAAAGAGGUUGCCGGGCAGGUUUUGAAGGAUGUUCAAAAAUAUGAGGAUGCGUGGCUGAUUGGGAAAGUCAUCCAUCAUAUUUCAGGGUAUCCUCAAGUAGAAAUCAGAAACCUCUUUGAAGUGUUGCUGCAAAAUAAACACCUCUAUCCUAAGAGCAUUUCUGCUGUAGAUGGGCAGCUCCAGAGCAUGCAUAGAAAAAGCAAAGUGAAAGUAGCUGUUCUUAUUUCUGGAACAGGCACAAGCCUUACAGCACUUCUCUCAUAUGCAAAAGAGCCAGGAAGCAGCGCACAGAUAGUCCUUGUAAUUGCUGACAGGUCUGGGGUGGAUGAAUUGAAGAAUGCAACCCUAGCUGGCAUCCCUACCAGAGUAAUUGACCACAAACUGUAUGGAAGCCGAGCAGAAUAUGAUGGCACCAUUGACAGAGUCCUUGAAGAAUUUUCAGUUGAACUGAUUUGUCUUGCUAGAUUUACAAGAGUUUUGAGUAGCAACUUCCUUAGAAAAUGGAAAGGGAAAAUCUUGGGUGCUUAUCCAACACUUUCACAUUUAACCCAAGGAGGAAAUGCUCAUAAGCUCGCAUGCUCCUCUACAGACAAAACUGCUGGCUGCACAGUGCAUUUUGUACUUGAGAAUACUAGCCUUGAAGCAAUGAUUUUACAAGAGCCUGCCUCUGUAAAAGCAGAAGACACGGAGGAAACUUUGGCAGAAAAGAUAAGAGAAGCUGAAAGCAGAGCAUUUCCAAUUGCGUUGCAGCUGGUUGCAAGUGGAAUGGUGCAGUUAGCAAUGAACAGUAAAAUCUGGAACCAAGAAAGUCAGAAACUGAUCCGUCAAAAGGAAAAGCAGGACUGUUUCUACUCCUGAAAUCAUCCUUGACAGUUAAUUACAGCCAUUGACAGUAUUUUUGACUACAACAAAAGCUAAGCUUCAUCUCUGAAUGUGUUCUGUCUUCUUUUGUUCAAGCACCAGAAUGCAGUAAUUUCCCACCUGCCAUUCAGUUUCCUUUACUAUAAAAUUUAUUUCACUUCCUGUUGUCUCA